AUGUUCUUUUUCCUCCGGGAGACCCAACGGCAGAGCAGCGAGACACCGGCACUGAGAGCAUCCCGGGCUCUUUCGCAAAGCGGUUCUCACCGACGCUCCAAGAGUGCGCGGACCCGCAGGACAGGCAGUCAGGCCCGGGAAGGAGACAAGCGGCUCAUGGAGCCAGCCAGAUCCAGGAGCACCUCGGAGGCAACCACCGCUGCUGCCGCCUCUGUGGCCCUCUAUGGCACCCAACACCACCGACUGGAGGAUGGAGCAACCUUGAUCAGAACGGCCGAUCCCAAAGACCACCUGUUGCCAGGGGUAACGGGAAGGGCCAGCUCAGCUCACGUGGAAGAUGAAUGCCCAAGCCUCUGGGCUAUGGAGCCUGUCCUCACCUCUGUCUUUGGGCAGGUAACUGGGCCAAGGGAGGCAGGGAGGGGACAGAGAGGGCAAAUGGUGAGGGGGCUGAAAAUGGAGGGUUCUGUGAGAAUGAGGCUCCCCAGCAGGUCAUGGGCUUUUGUCGCAUCCCAGGAGGAUCUCACCUUCUCUUCCUGCAGAAAAAACCCCUAAUCCUCUGUCCACCCCCCCCCAUCUCAUACAUAUGAUGGGGGAUCAACGCUUUCACCUUAAAACAUGGUAUGUCCCAGCCUGAAGAAAGAGCUAGUGAGAGGGGAGACCUCCAACAUCUUGAGUCCCCAAACCGGGACAUGUGUCUUUCCACCCAUACUCCCACACAAGUUACUUGACCCAUGCAAAAUUAUGGAGCCCAAAAUAUGUGGGGGGUUUUGGGGGCAUUGAUCACAUGGUGCCCCAAAACUAAUGUUUUAGGGUGCCACACAAAAUCAUGGCCCCCAAUAAAGCACUUUUUUGAGAGGAGCACUUUUUCGGGACACAAAAUUGCACGAGAUCACAGCACUCAAAAUGGCUGCCACGCUCUUACGUAAAAAAACAGGAUGUGGCUUUUUACCAUAGUUAUUGAUAUGCAAGGUUACAGAGAUAAGGUGUGUAAAUACUCUCCAAGGAGCUCACUUGAAGCUGACGAGAAUACAGGAAAUGGCACCAUCACAUCUCCAGGCCCUGCUGCCUUAAUGGAGCCUCAUGAGCUGGAUUGAGCUGUGUUCUUGGACAACACAGUCCUGAAAUGGUGGGUUGACCAUUUGACCAUUGACAAGUUGUAUAAUAUAAUUACUUUUAAAGUGGCCAGCGCCUUGGUGAGGUGGUGCAGGAGGAAGUGAUACUUGGCUUUUGGUGCUGAGCAGAGACCAGGGAGGAGUGUCCCGUGGUGGUGCUGGAGGCAGAGGAAGGCUGGAUCAGCACCAUCCAUUUGCCCAGCUGGUAAGUGGUCGUUGGGCUGUGUGCAGGCUCUUGCACAGGGUACCAGUACUGGCAGGUCAGCAACAGUGCCCCAGGUGUUGAUUCAGGCUGGUCCUGUCUCUGACACUGCCUCUUGAUGUCCUCCCAUAAGAAUGUGGGGGCCCUUCCCUACUGGUGUUACUGGGAGUAGCAGCAGCAGGACAGGGAACACCCUAUUAGUGCAUGUUCAGCACCAUUUUCGGCCUCAGAGGGGGGCAGAACAUGGAUGGAGUGGGGCAGCGGCAGAAGGGAAGGCAUGGCAUGACGGUGCCGAUGCGCAUGGUGUGUUGGCACGCAACUCCCACACAAACAGGGAGUUGCCUAUACUUGGCCAUCUGAACAAGGGAGGCCAGUGUCCUUUUAAAAAGUAUGUAAAGGAAUCCUCUCAAGGGCUGUCAGGUCUGAGUUUUGGCUUCAUGAUACAGAAUCAUAAGAAUGAAGAGUGUGCAGGAGCCCUGAAGCUGUCCAUCAACAGUUCAGGCAACUUCCCUACUAUGGUGAGAUGUAUUAAUUGGUGCCUGGCUGUGUUUCACUCAGGACUCUUGAGGGGCAUGGCCUGGGGAGAUGAGGUGUGGUGUGCAUUAAGUCCCAAGGGCCACAUAGGCACUGUGAAAUUAUCACCUUGUAUAUUUGAUGGGACAAAAGAAGAGUGUUAAGAAUGUGAAUUCAAUACAGUUAAAGUGAUAGUUUGCAGAAGUUGAGAUUUGUUGUUAAAAACCUUGAAAUUUGACCUCCACCUUGGAAAUGUGCGUCAGAAUACUUGGCAGUCUCUUCACUUACAUAUAAAAAGUCGUAAGACGAUCUUCACUAACCUGGUUCUCUCCAGCUAUUCUGGACUACAGCUCCCAUCAGCCCCAGCCAGUGGUGUGACUCAUUUCUUUUAUCCUAUAAAUCUGUAAAUCCUGUAUGACUAAUAAAAAGGCAGCGCAGGAAAAAGUGAUUGUAAAUGCUUUGUACAAUGACUUGCUUUAUCACACCACCAUUGCCAACUCUGAAAUCUGUAGCCCAUGAGCUGUGAAACACUUCAGAUGGAUCUAGACUUAUUUUAUAUCCUGCAGUUGCCUAAGGAAGUUGUUAUCUUUCUUUUAAGGGGGUGGGCAGGGGGACAUUUUCAAGAAAAAAAGUAGUUAGGUCAAUCUCACUUAAUCCAGUUGAGCAAACUGAAGCGUGGUUUUAACAUGAACUGUUAAAAUUCAAAUACAUUUUCACAAAUUAUACAAGGGCUGUGUUUUCACUUCCCAAAUAAGAGUCCUGAAGAUCAGAACUAGCCUCUGAAAGAAAAUUUCCAAUUUCCCUUCUGCAUUGCGGGGGGGGGGGGGCAGGCGGGGGGGAGCAACAUCUGCAAGUAACGCAUUAGGGAUGAAGAGGAGUUCUUAACGUCACUCAUGAAAAUGCACUGUGAGUCUAUAAAUAAUACAGUGGAUUCUGCUAACUGGUUCACAUCUUGUGGCCAACCAAUAAGUCUGACUGACAAUUGGUAAUGCACGCUUCCCCUAUCCCUAUCCCCGCCCCACCCUGCCCCCACCGCACCAUCUCGCUCACCCAAUAAUGUGGCUGGGUCUCUCAGCAUCAGAGCUCAGUGGAUGCAGCCACUCCCUGGAACAAAGAUUUGAAAAUCUCGUUGAUUGUCACGGGAGAUUAUGGCCUCACUGCUCUGACGGGAGGGGGCAUGUUGAUGGGCAGCCAUCCUUUUCAACCGCUUAUAGACAGCAUCUGAGUGGGGCUUUUGGAUGUGAGUCAGGAAGGACAAGGCAGGACUGGCCCUCUCCUUCCUGGACCACUGUGGAGUUAAAAUGCUUUGAAGAAGAGCUGCUUGCCUGGUCCCUGCUCUCUCUGCUUUAGCACCAUCUAUGAUUGAGUUGCAUAUAAUCCUGAGGAUUAUGGCUGUGGCCCACGCCCUCCCUCCCUCCCUCCACCCCCCUCUGUUCACUUUCCCUUAAUAUUCUGGAUAUAUUCAACAAUAAAAACCCUGAAAAUCCCCAAAGCGUCUAAACCUCCCAGGAAGAGAAUCACUUGUUACUAUAAAAAUAUAUAUAUCUGCCAUCGGCGCCAGCUGCCUCCAGCCCCAUACUGUGCUCUGUGGGAUGGGGGGGACUUAGCAGCCAUGGGCAACUGCACCAAAACACCGGGCAGGCGGCUCUCCAAGGUAGGGGGAGAGGACGGAGGGGAGGGUGCCCCUUUUCAUCCUUACAUCUUCAUGCCUUUGUGUUGGAAUCCCUGUGUGUGUCUGGUUCUUUGCAUGUCUGUCUGUCUACUUUCCUUGCUUCCUGGAGUGUGUGCAUGGAUUCCUGUCAGUGGUUGAAGCCCCAUGGCUGAGGUCAGUUAUCCGAGGGAACAUGGCGAGAAUGCUAGGCCCCUGUGGUACCACUCCAGAUGGGGGGUUGUGGCAUCAUCUCCGAUUCCUACGAAGGCCAGGUUCCAAUGCUCCAGGUUACUAGAAUGAAGACAAAUGUGUUCUUCAGAAUAGUGUCUGCAGAAGGCUUCAGAGACCCCCUUUUCUCCAUCUACUAUGUCCCCUUUUCUCUCAUCUACUUAGUCCUUCUUAGGCCAGCAUCUAGAUCCUCUUUGCUUUUCUUGCAUCUAAGCAAACAAUAACAACCUCAAACUCCUAGAUUUCAUUCAAUGCUUCCUUCUUCUCUUGGUGUAUCAUACAAGGCCUGUUUGUGGAUUGUGUCAAUGAAGAUUCAACCAGGUGAGCCUCAGUAUGCUCCUGAUAUAAUAGAAGUUCUAUGGGUAUUGGGUGUCACAAUGUAUGGUAUCUCUCAUAUUCUUGCAUGUCAUUGUAUGGUAUGUAUUGCCACCAGUGCCUGAGCAGAGAAGGCACAUGACCAGUGGCAGAUCUAUGGUCUGGGGGACCUUUGGGAGGGGCCCCAGUUCAUUCACUUAAAUAAAUGUGACCACGUCUGAAAAUAUGAAGGAGAUAAAUAAUGAGUUAAUUCAUUACAUGGAUUAUCCUUUUUUUUCUUUUUUCUUUUGCUAUUGUUACAGAUCUGGGGUAACAAAGUUUGAGGGUGUAAGGGCACCCAUAACUGCUAGAGUUAGUGAAUGUUAGAAUUAAAUAAAGUGUUAGAAUUUAGAUAAUAUUUAGCAUAUUGAAGGAAAGAUGCCAGGCCGGUAGAAAAAUACAGGCUAAGCUCCUUUUCCAGGCCAGGGGCUCACCUGGCAUAGAAGCUGUUAAGCAUGACAAAAUGUGUUGGCGGCCCAUCACAGGAAAAUCCUUGGGUCUCUUCCAGUGGAGGUUGUCACUGUUACACUGAGCGAUGAAGAUGAUGGAGCUCACAGGAAAAUGGUCACCUUUUAAGACUAGGCUUGGAAUAGCAGGUAGAAAGGGGACAAGCAGACAGAAGGGGAGAAGUUUCUUGGCAAGGGUUUUUUUUCUGGGAAGGAGAAGCAGGAAGGAGAGAACUCCAUGUGGCGCUGGCUGAAAGAUGCUGCACUGAAAGGCCAGGGGUGUAGCGUGGUGCAUUUUCCUGGGGUGGAGUACGCUGCUCACACCACCCUCCCCAAGUCAGCCAUGUGCCACUUUGCAAGGCGGGGUCAUUCCAGCCUCACAAAGCGGCUUGGGGCUGGAGUGCUGCUUUUGCCCUCCAUGUCCUGCCCCCCCCCCCGGCACUCACAUGCCCUGGACGCUGUUCAAGCAUUCUCCGCCACUGCCAGGGGCCAUGACUGGGUGCUACUUUAGACCCAAGCUCACUGUAGCUAUGAGAAGGGCAAUGAGGGACACUCUUGGGGUGUAAUGUUCUGCCUCCCCUCUAUUGAAGGCUUCAGAUGUAAAUAUGUGUAAAAUGAAACUUCCACUUCCCUCCUCCUCGUGUCCGUCACUGCCAAAAAGGCAGAAUUGGUGUGAGGUGUGUGGUGACAGCAGAGCAGGACAGUUGUUGGGGAGCUGCCCUAGUCUGUCCUUGGCAUGAGCCCCAUAGAGAUACAGUGGUACCUCGGGUUACAACAAACACCUCGGGUUACAAACACUUCAGGUUACAGACUCCGCUAACCCGGAAGUAGUACCUCGGGUUAAGAACUUUACCUCAGGAUGAGAACAGAAAUCGUGCAGCAGCAGCUAGAGGUCCCAUUAGCUAAAGUGGUACCUCAGGUUAAGAACGGUUUCAGGUUAAGAAUGGACCUCCAGAACAAAUCAAGUUCGUAACCAGAGGUACCACUGUAUCCUGGUGGGAUUGGUCAGAUGAGGGGGAAGAGUGGGAAGAAACCAGAGAACUGGAGGACAGCGGCCCACAGAAGGGGCCCAGCAAGCUGGGAGGCAGUGGUUAAGAUCUGUGAGAGAUCUCCAACCCUGCAAAUGUUAGAAAGCAUUUUGCCCCCAUUUUUGUAUAUAUCAAUAUUAUUGAAUUUAACUCUGUGUGUGUGUGUGUGUGUGUGUGUGUGUGUGAGAGAGAGAGAGAGAGAGAGAGAGAGAGAGAGAAUACAACAGUAAUAGCCACAUUACCACAGUAUAACCACAUGAGGGACCCAUCAACUAUAUCAUCCAACCAUAUGGGUGAGGAGAAUGUUGCUAUACAUAUAGUCCUCUUUUCCAGGGGCUGUGUGUGCAGUCCCCCCUAGUGAAUUAGCACUGGGUAGAGGUUCAUCUGUAUUUACUCAGAGUUAAGGGAUAUUAGCACUGCAAAGCUACAUCAGUUUUAUUCAGCUGUCAUGACUUAUCCCAAAUAAUGAGUUUAGGGAAAUGCUGAGAAUUCUGGUAAAGAUCUCUGUGUAAAACCGCAGUUCUCUGGGAGUCCUUAGGGAGGGAAAAGGACUAUUUAAUAAAAUGUAAGUCUGUGGUGCAGAUGUGUACGGAAAGAUACAGAGGGACUGCCAAGAAAUGUAGCAAUUGUGCUAGUGCAUGUUUCUUGUUGUUAGAGCAUAUGUGCCAUUGCUUUGUGUGUUAGUGUGUGUGAGAGAGAGCAAGAGAGCUAAUUGUGGCAUCUCUCUCUGUAUAGUAUGUGGAGACAUUUCCCCUAGGAGGACUCAGAUUCAGAUGACUCACAGGCCAUCUCAUUGGGGGGGGGGGGAGCCCUGGGCAUUCCCUUCUUCAAUGUCCUGGCAGUGGUGGAUUUAGGACAGCACAACUGGUCGGGGGGGGGGGGAGGGAGGCCAAGGGGUCAUCUUCCAACCUUCUCAAAGCCUAGUAAGUGCUGGGCUUUGGGAAGGAGGCAUGAGAGCUCUGAGAGGGUCCUAGAGUCCUCCCACCUCCUUCUCAAAGCCGAGUUAGCACUUGCCCAGCUAUGGGAAGGAGUCAGGAGGACUCUAGGACCCUGCCAGAUCCCUGUGCCUCCUUCACAGCCUGGCACCUCCCUUACCUGGUUUUGGGAAGGCGACUUGGGGCUUUGAGGGCGUCAAAUUUUGGCCCCACACAGGGCACCAUUAUUACCAUAAUGCCUGCGAAUUUCCUGUAGCUUUCCCUUUAAGACUUGCCAACAGCUGUCCUGGGGGCAGAGCCAAUGGAAGGCAAGUUGUUGCCAACUUUCUUAAGCCUUCUGAUAAUUCUUGUUCUUUGUUGCUAGGCUGGCCUGCAGGACCAAGUUUCAGCUUAUUAGCAAGACAAGACACAGAUCCUUAUGAAUUUUUAUGGUUUUUACAUAGGAUUACAACAAAACCACAAAAAAUCCCAGAACCCAUAUUUGAAAAUAGAGACGUUACCUAUGAUUUGAUGGUUGUUUUUUGGGGAACUCUUACAACAACAACUAUUAUUAUUAUUAUUAUUAUUAUUAUUAUUAUUACUAUUAAUACCCCGCCCAUCUGGCAUGGUUUCCCCAGCCACUCUGGGCGGCUUCCAACAGAAUAUUAAAAUACAAUAGUCUGUCAAACAUUAAAUGCUUCCCUAAACAGGGCUGCCUUCAGAUGUCUUCUAAAAGUCUGGUAGUUGUUUUUCUCUUUGACAUCUGGUGGGAGGGCAUUCCACAGGGUGGGUGCCACUACUGAGAAGGUAGUGCCUUGGAUCCAUAAGGAUUGCCCUGGAAGACACUGUAUCUCUGAUUUUUAUGGGGCGGUCAAUGAGGAUAGAGGAGUUCAAUGAUUUGGGGAUGGUUUUGCAGGAGAGGGGGAACUCACAUUGAAAUCACACAGUUUUAAGAGGCUUCAUUUUGUUGGAUCUAAUGUGUAUUCAUUUGAACAUGCAUUCUUCCACCUCAUAGUUGCUCUCUUUCCCUCUUACAAAUUCCUUCCCUUUCUCUGCUACGUUACUGGUUGCUUUACUUUCUGUCCAUCUGCUCAGGUGCCAACCUGAACUUUGAAAAGCUCUUUGAACUGAGAGAGGAAGCAAGAGGUAGUGUCGCUCUUUCAACUUCCUCCUUCAGCUUCAUGAACUUUUCAGUGAGAAAAAUGGUAAUUAUCCUCACCAUCUCAUGACAAAGGGGGCAGUGGGUGAUGUGGGGGUAGGGAGCUUAAAGGCUUUGUGGCCACCAGAGGAAGACCUUGAGGGUCCCAGGUUGGGGACCCCAGCAUUGUGGAGAUGGAGGUCUGCCUAAUUGUGGCAAUUGCCCAGUGAGCAGAGAUGCUGAGCCAUUGAGACAAAUUUAAGGAUGAGAAAAGUGGGCUUCAUUUAGGGGGGAAAUUGUGUUAUUUCUCUAGGAUAUGUCUUGUUUCCCCCUUUGUUGCUCCCCUUCCCAUACUCUCCAUUAUCAGAUACCCUGCUUCCCUAAAACUUCCCAGAAGCCUGGGCCUUAAACACCCAGGUCCUGACAGAGGGGGAAAUCGGGGUCUCUAACUGUACUUAGCUAAUUGCAAGCUAUGCUACAGGAGAAUAAGCAGCCCUCCUCCGAGGCUCCUGGCUCCCCUGCCUCUACCAGCAACGACAUGGACGAAGGGGCUGACGGCACACAGUAUCCGCCAUUGCAGAAUUACUCGGUCCUGCAUGGCUUGGUGGGGCCAGCCUGCAUCUUCUUGCGCCAGAGCAUCGCCAUCACGCAAAUCGUAUGUAUUGCACAUCUACUGCUGCACCAUUUAUACUGAGCGUGAGAGUGUAGCUGCCCCUUCUCUGUUUGCAUGGACUGCCCUGCUCCUCAAACCUUCAGUAUGCCCCUGUGCUGGAACAUAGCUUGGGCCUGUUGUUGUUGCUAUUUAUUAAAUUUGUGCACCACCCUAUACGCGUAGAUCUCAGGGCGGCUCACAACAUAAAAUCACAAUAUAAAAAACAGAAAACACAUAAUAAAAGCAAAAACAAAGACAACCCAAUAAUUAAAUCUUACUCUUUCCUCCCUGCGGAGUAAUCUUCAUUGAGGAAUAAACAUGGAUAAGGUGGCAUAAGAAAUCAAACAUAAGUGUUAUAUUUUGCUACAGGUAUACAAAUUGGGAGGUUGAUGUGCACCACUGCUGUUCAAUCCAUGGACUCAUCGAAGAGAAAUCGUUCAUGCCAUGAUCUAAAACCAUGCAGAUUGUGUUUUGCAGUAUAUAAACUAAUUCCUACAUGGAAAUAGGCUAGUGAAAGGGUGCCUUCACUGAGUCCAUGUUGCAUAGGUUAACAGCCAGGCAAUGAGGCAAUGUUGGUAAUGAUCGGCAUCUUUGUUUACGGCUUUAAAUGGUACAAAGCUCUUCACAUACAUUAUCUUAUUGCAAUUCUUACCCUGUAAGGUGGGAUAGUAUUAAAUACCUAUAUAUUAACAGAUAUGGGGGGGGCAGGCUGUGGUUGACAGUGCGAGCGAUUUCCUUAAGGUCUUCUAGUGAGUUCAUGGAAAAGCCAUGGCAAAGGGCUUCCUGAAACAGGGGCCAUUCAGAUGCCCUUUCUUUGGUGCAUCCAUGAUUAUUUGUGCUCAUUACGGUAUCCUAUUGGGGCCGUAAAGUACAUUCCUGCUUUCAAUACUGUUUGCGCCUGGGAAGGUUUCACUUCCAUUCAGUGUAUGUCCCAUAACAUCCUUCUGCAACCACACAACGUUUUUAUACCACAAAUAUUCUGGCUUAUUUCUGCCCUGCUUUUGUUGUGCUGUAGCCUUUCUUGACAGUAACAAUGUGAGAGCAUUGGAGCAACAUUGCAGAACAAACUAAAAGCAGAACUGUAUAAUUAAUGCACUUUCAUUGUGGCAAGAACAUGUUGCAAAAUGCACCCAUGUAGAGCAUUCGCCUGAGGGGGCUGUUAAUAAUCUCUUAGCCACUGAAACGCACCAGCCUUUGGGCUGCAUUACACAAACACCAAGCCUAGGGAACUGUCACUGGAAGAACAACUCUUGCCCCUAUUGCCUUUCUGCAGGGAGCCAGAAGGGCUUUCCUCCAGGGAAUUUGUAGCCACAGUAUUCUGACACAAUAUUUGCAUGGAAUCCAACAGUGAUGCAGCAUGACUUGGUGGGAAGCACCUUUAAGCAUAGUGGGACUUAUUUUGAAGUAAGCACACACAGAAUCAGGCAGCACGGAGUAACCGUUUUUUUCUGUUCGUAGAGUGGGCAAGGAAGACUUCCUUAAUCUGGGACAGCUUCUGACUAAGAGAUCAGUAGAUUGGAUGUGGGCAGGCAAAGCAGAUAGAUAGAUAGAUAGAUAGAUAGAUAGAUAGAUAGAUAGAUGAUAUCUGUUUUAUCAACCUCUACUCUCUUUGUUUCCCCAGGACAGAGAGCUGCGACCAGAGGAGAUUGAAGGUAAAAAGAAAAUUGAUGCUCAACAUUACCUCUUAAGGUAGGGUUAGCCAACAUGGUGCCCUCCAGAUGUUCAUGGCCUACAACACCCAUCAUCCCUGAUAAUUGGCCAUUCUGGCUGGUGCUAAUGGGAUGUGUAGUCCAAGAACAUCCGGAGGCCACUGUGUUGGCUAACCCUGACUUUGGGGAACCUCAUGGAUCCUGCCUUGCUCUUUAGUCAUUAGUCUAACCAACGAGAAGUCUACUGCAUCUGCUUAGCUUCACUAAGCUUCUUUGGUUUCGCUUAAUGCUCUGCCUUGUUGCUUUGUCAACUUGCCUCUGGCUUCCUUAUGCUUUGCUCCCAUGUCUAGAUGUAUGAAUCCCUUGCUUUGCUUCCCCCCUUUGCCUCUCCUGGGCCCACCACCCCAUCUAGAGGGCAGCUAUCAGAUAUCCAGUUCAGUUCCUUGACUCUAAUUAUGGACUCAGCCCUCAUACGAAAGUUCUGAUUGGACUAGCAUUGAAAAUCCCUCUAGUGGCAUUUCUGUUGUUGUUGUUGCUGCUGCUGUUGUUAAUAUGCCACUAUCUGACUGGGUUGUCCCAGCCACUCUGGACAGCUUCCAACAAAUUAAAACAUCAAACACAGUAGAACAUCAAACUUUAAAAACUUCCCUAUACUGGGCUGUGUUCAGAUGUCUUCUAAAAGUCAGAUAGUUGUUUAUUUCCUUGACAUCUGAUGGGAGGGCCUACCACAGGGUGGGCACGACUGCCAAGAAGGCCCUCUGCCUGGUUCCCUGUAACCUCACUCCUCGCAGUGAGGAAACCGCCAGAAGGCCCCCAAUGCUAGAUAUCAGUAUCCAGGCUGGACAUAUGUCUCUGGAGCUGAACCCCAAAAGUGAGGAAGGGCUGUUGGUGAAACAUAUCAGCUCCUUCAUUCUGUAGCAAAUCAGAUGCUAACUCCAUCACUCCCUUCUCACUUACUUGGUGUUUGCAAGACACAGAUGCAUUACCUGCUUUCCAGGGGGAUUCUUAUUGCUUCCCUUCUCUUUCCAGAGCUAAAGGAGGCCUUCCGAGAGUUUGACAAGGACCAUGACGGCUACAUCAGCUACAAAGACCUGGGGGAAUGUAUGCGAACCAUGGGCUACAUGCCCACUGAGAUGGAGCUCAUUGAAUUGUCUCAGCAGAUCAGUAUGUGCCUAGCAUUACUGAGUUAAAUACUACAGUAUGAUGUUUCAGGGGGAAGAAAUGGAUUUUCACAGUUGCUGGAUUCAAGCAAAAUGACCACACACAAAAAGGGGGAGGGGAGGAUGCAAACACUUCUUGGAUAUCUCUCCUUAGAGUAGAGGUAGGGAACCUGCGGCCCUCCAGAUGUUGUUGGAGUCCAGAUCCCAUUAGCUGCAGCCAGCAUGGCCAUUGAUCCGUGAUGUUAGAAGUUAUAAUCCAGCAAUAGUUGGAUGGCCAUGAGUUUCCCACAGAAAUGUCAGAGGGGAUGAGGGGACAGCACUAGACUGUGGCCUAAUAAUAAAUAGUGUUUAAGCAUCUGUAUAGGGUGUUCAAAGCAUUUCGCACAUUAUCAUCUCAGUAAUCCUUACGACCACCCUGUAAGGUAAGAGAUGUUUAUUACUGGAGAUGCCUGGUUCGAUCGAUCAGUUACUUUGCAUGUACAGUGGUACCUCGGGUUAAGAACUUAAUUCGUUCUGGAGGUCUGUUCUUAACCUGAAACUGUUCUUAACCUGAAGCACCACUUUAGCUAAUGGGGCCUCCUGCUGCCAUUGUGCCGCCAGAGCACAAUUUCUGUUCUCAUCCUGAAGCAAAGUUCUUAACCAAGGUGCUAUUUCUGGGUUAGCAGAGUCUGUAACCUGAAGCAUAUGUAACCCGAGGUACCACUGUAUAAUAAACUCAGUUUGGCAGGAGCAGCACCUAACUACCAAGUGCAAAAUGGUGGUGUGAAUCAGCUGAUGCAAGGACAUGUCAUCAGCUGUGUGGCUUUUCUGAAAGGACUCAAGAGUUUGCAUUCAUGGGAGCCUAUUCACUCUCCUGGUUUGCUGCAUAAGCAGAUAAAUUCCACACAAGAAGUGGCAGCGGAGAGGGUAGGGAUAGGAACGGCAGCACAAAUGGGAAAAUUCUUCCAUUAUGUUGGUUGUGAAUUGUCCCAGAGUAUAAUUAUAUAUACUAUAAUAUCUAACCCGGCACUGUCUGGCUCUGGCUGAAACUGUUUUUCUGCAUCUAUAGCUGGAGGGAAGGUGGAUUUUGAUGACUUUGUGGAACUGAUGGGCCCCAAGAUGCUGGCAGAAACUGCAGACAUGAUUGGGGUGAAAGAACUGCGGGAUGCCUUCCGAGAGGUGAGAGUCACGUGACUCAACUUGCGGGACCAGAGGAGGGUAGCAUCAGAUGGUGGGUGGGUAGGUGGUAUAUUGAGGAAUCUUAUUUCUCAUUCUGCUGUCCUGUCUUCUCAUAUAGUGGUUCUCCCAGGCAUUACAAAACACAAACGUAGGGUUACUAUAUUCCCAAAAGUGAAAAUCCAGACAAAGUUGGCUUUCUUUUGGUCAAAGUUUUUGAGCUUUAGGGGGGUGCUUUUUUUUUUUUAACAGCAUUUUUCCUUAAAAAUUGCCAUAGUUGCCGUAUGUCUGGGUUUCCCUGGACAUGUUGCCAGUUGGGCAAAAGUCCGCCCAGAAUGAUGCCAUUUUGACAGUCCGAUUCCGGGAAAACCUGGAUGUAUUGCAGCCCUACACAAACAGUUCUCAGCUGCUUCAUUUGAUUUCAUCAGUGCCACUUAAAGCACUUCACUCUUGCUGUUGGUGUACAUGUGUGGAUGUCAGUGGCAAUCAUGAAGGAAAGUGGAUUGACACUGUCACUUCAGCCUUCCUGAAGUUUUCCUGCCACCUGCGAACAGUGCACCCAUCCACCCAUCAUUCUGUGAUUUGGACUCCUCCAGAAGAUGGGGUUGUUCAGCAUUCAUCCUGAUUUGCUUGCACAAAGUUUAAGCCAUGGUUAGACUAGUCUUUAUGGAGCAUUUGUUUAGAUUUCAUGGAAUCUGAGUAGACAGGGGCCCCAAGGGUCAUCUAGUACAACCUCCUGCCAUACAGGAAUCUCAACCAGAUCAUACAUGACAGAUGGCCAUCCAAACUCUGCUUAAAAACCUCCAAGGAAGGAGAGUCCACCACCUCUCAUGGGAGUCUGUUCCACUGUCCAACAGCUAUUACCGUCAGAAAGUUCUUCCUGAUGUUUAGUCGGAAUCUCCUUUCUUGUUGUUUGUUAACAGGGUAAUUAUAUAAGAAUCAGCCUUCGUCCUGAUUUUCUUACAGGGUGUUUACAUGUCUUCCCAGUAAGCAUUCAUUCAUCCCACACUUUUUAAUGUGUUUUUCUACUACUUUCCAAAUUGCAAAAAGUCUUCUUCUUUUUAUAAAAAAAGUGGUUUUGUCGUUCCAAGAGAACAAUAUGCUUCCAUCUACUUCAGCUGCACUCAGGGAGGUGAGCACAAGAGACUGGAGAAUUGUGUGGAUAUGGUAGAUGGUUAAACAAGGUGCUGGAAUCAGGGUUGUUUAUUUGUUUCCUUCCAGUUUGACGCAAAUGGCGAUGGACAGAUCAGCAUAGCUGAACUAAGGGAAGCCAUGCGCAAACUCUUGGGACAGCAGCUGAACUACCGUGAGGUGGAUGAGAUACUCAAAGAUGUUGAUCUGAAUGGGGAUGGCCUUGUGGACUUUGAAGGUAUCAGGAAAGCCCUUCCUUUGAGGGAUGAUGAUGAUGAUUUGCUUUUUCUAACUGGGAAAGAAGUGAGGAUUUAGGCUGGGAGGGGGAUCUCAUCCUGCUUUUGAAAACGAAUGCAGGAUGUAGAGUAGAGGUGGGUAACAAUUUUGGCUCUUUGGGCCAAAUCCUUAUCUGACUGCCCCCAUGGGCCAACUUUGAAUGAUGGAUGGGACAACUCGCCUGUUGAAUCACAGGAUGCCAUUAUGACAUCAAAUGAUUUGACAGGUGGGUUUUCCUCCCGACCUGCUAAAAUCCAGUGAGCAGUAUCCCCAAAUGCCCAACAGGUUGCUGAAUGUUGGAAACACUAUUCUUGCCACUUUGAGAAGCCCCAGGCAUAGGGCUUUGUGAGUCCUGCCAAACCAGUUUGAAGUCUGGCUUUUACAGGUAUUGAUGGUGUGAGCAAGUUGCCUGCAGGGAACUCGUAUACAGCUACCUCAGCAGGCCUUGACUUUGCCACCCAUCAGCUGGUGCUUGAAGCUUGCUUUCCCUCGCCCAUGCACUAUUGCAGCCUUCUUGAAGUCUUACAGUGCACUGGCAGCCACAUCUCUACCUGCCCCACACCUGAUGUCACUGUGGGGCAGGUGGGCAUGAUUUGGGCAAAAACAGCCUUAUGGGCCACAUUUGAACCCCUGGGUUGGGCCCAAUUUUGGCCCCUGUUCCAGAAAUUCCAUACCUGCUAUAGAUCCUUGAUGCAGGAAAGAAAAGGAAGAAAGUCAAGACUGGAUUUAGGAGGAGUCACUUCUAAUUUUGAGGGGAUAGUUGGGAAUCGGAUCAUAAAGAUAACAUUUGGAAGCCAGGGUUCCUAGGUUUUAUUUUAAACCAGAGGCUUAUUAAUAUGCUAAUAUAUUCCACGCUCUGUAUGCAGUUCCUUUCAGUUGAAGUUGCACAACUGAAUGACAGAAUCAGGUUUUGCCUGUACAGUGAUGGUGUCUUCAGUGACAGCACUCUUCCUUUCCCCAUGCCCUUAUGGGAGAAAGUUAAUAUGUUUAUUAUUCAGGGACAUCACUACAGCAAAGUCCAAAUCAAUUUGCACUCUGUGAAGCAAGGAAAGGGUUGAGCAGGUUUUGCCCUUCCUCAACAGUGUUGCUUCUCACCGCUGAUUUACAUUUUUAAAUGUUUUAUUGAAAGAUUUCUGUAAGUAACAAAAGUACAUUCAGUGCCUCUCUUUUUAAAUUAUAGCAUCCUUCAUACCAAUCAAUUACAGUUGGUCUGAGACUUUUUUUGUUGUAGACAAUGUGGGGUUGGGGGGGGAAGAGAGGAGAGGGGAGAAAGUAGAGAAAGAGAAAGUUAGGAGGGGGAAGUAGGGGAGAUGAGAGUCAUUAAACUUUCAUUCUUUGCAAAAUAUUGUUCUGUUAAGCUCAAUGGGAAUUUAGUGAGCCUCAAUCUGCAUAGCCCUGUCCUGGAUUGUAUUUCAUGGUCAUACUAGAGCAGCCUCCCCCAACUACGUACACUUCAGAUGUUUUGCACUACAUCUCUCAUCAUCCCUGACCAUUGUCCAUUGGCCAUGCUGGGGCCGAUGGGAAUUGUAGUUCAAAACAUCUGGAAGGCACCAGGUUGGGGAAGGAUGCUCUGAAAUGUGACAGAAUGUUAGAAGAGUGGGAUGGGAUAUAUGGAACUGAGCUGGAUGGAUGGACAGACAGACAGACAGAGAGACGGUGGUUCCCAUACGUUCUCUAGUUAUCUAUAAAAGAAGUCCCUCUUCUGGGCCAGCAGCAGAUGGAAAAUGCUUUUCUCUCCCCUCCUGAUGACAUAUUUGGGUCCCCUUCCUGCAGAGUUUGUACGGAUGAUGUCUCGCUGAGAGCAGCCAGCAGCAGCCCAAGGCUGAAGUGCCUUACGGAGAGGAGAGACUUCAAGCUGCCAUAUAUCCUGAUCUAACCAUCAGGAGCAGUGGCAGCAUGCGAGAACUUCCUACACAUCCUGUGUACCCUGCUUGGAGCCAAACAGCCACUCCUAAAGUCCAGAGACUUGCAUCAGCUUCAGCACCUUCAGUGACAUCCUUGACUAGAUCUCAAGACUGAUACCCCAUCUACUGUUUUAGAGACAGCCAAGACCGCAAGCUCUCAGGCUCUGGAUGUCAUUGUACCUUGCCUUUACUCUGUUCUCUGUAACACUGACCUUUCACCCCAAGCAUACCUUAAGAAGGAACAAUCAACCAACAAAUCUCCCUUAAAUAUUCUGCAUGCAAUGGUGUGACAAUAUUUGAAACGCUUCACCGUCCUAUUCCAACAGUGGCUGCUUUUCUUUCCUUUUUCCCUCUCUAAAUGGUGUUUGUUUUUAAAAGUACAUUGUUCUCUACUGUGGCAUGCUCACCCCCAUCUCUGACAUCCUUUCUAAGUACAGUGGAAUAAUGGCAAGGAGUUGGCUUGUGGUCCCAAACAGAACAGGGAUUGUUCUGGAAACUGGAUGGGCUGGCGCUCACUGCCUGCUAUUAAGCCAACCUUUGUGACUUAAUGGGAUCUAUGGUGCAUGAAUGUUCAUUAGGUUUACUGGAAGUGGCAGCUGUGUGAUCCAGACGUGUUCAGCCCUCAAAAGAUCUGGGAAUCUGACAUUCAAAACCUUUGACUCCCAAAACCCAGGGACUGCUUCUGUCUCUACAAACGACAAGCUGCUUUAUAGAUUGCCCUUCAGCUAUCUGACUAUGGCAUAUUCAGUGACCAUAUUUCCAUCCAUAUUUGGGCCUGGACUCCCCAUCUACUUGUGAUUUUCAAACUGUGUUCUGGAGAACCCCUGGGGUUCCUUAGAAGCUUAACAGAGGCUACUCAAUGAGAAUGUCAGGACGGAUUUUCCAGCUUGCCCAUUACUACCAACUGUCUUCUGAACUAUGCAGCCUCAGGGGAGAGUUGGGUGAGCUCCAAGUGAACACCUGAGAAUCCUUUGCCAAAAUAAGAAGAUUCAGUAGCAGACAAAGUUGAUGUGGGCAGAGUUGUCCGAAGUUAGAAAAUCCCAGUGCUCUAUUGCUGGAAACAUAUUUUCACUUUCCUAUUGAAAAGCAAACUGUUUAUUUUCUGUCAAUUCAAAUUCUUGUUUCAGAUGAAAAGACCAGUGCAUUGGAGGGAAGAUGAUGGCCUCAAACCUACAUUUCCCUCUGUUGUGAAUGUGACUCAUAUUGUUUAUUUUUUUCUCACAUAUGUAAUACCAUACAUUUAGCUGUAUCCAAACACUUACUCAAGCAAGCUCAAUAAAUCCAGAUUUGUG